AUGCAGCCCGUGGAGGACGACCCUGCGGAGAUGCAGCAGCCAGCUCCUCUGGGGACUCUGUACCUGCCCUGGGCGAUUCUCUUUCUCCUCUACUCUCUGGUGACAAUUGUCUCUUACCUCCUGGACAUGGCCAGCCACAGCCUGCUGGCCCAGCCUAGAGGAUCCCUCCAUCCUGCCCCUCUGUCUGCAGCCUGGGUUGGCUACCAGCUCAUAGCUGACAUCGUCUUCCUGGGGCUCCUGCCUCUCGGCCUCACCUGGACCCACAGCUGCUGGCCCCUGGGCCUCACCUUUUGCCACCUGGAUCCAGGUCUGGCCUUCUUGGCUUUCAGUACCAGCGGCCGGCUGCUGACUCAUGUGGCUGCUGACCACUGUACCUCCUUGCUCCAACCAUCCUGGGCACUGGGUCAUUGUGUAGUCCGCCAAAUAGUUAUCUGUGCUGGUGGGUUCUGGAUCCUUCUGCUGGGCCUGGCUGGGAGAGCCUUGGGAACUCGGAGGGAUGGGAAUGGCUGGAGUGACCCUUGCAACAGGACAAUGGCCCUGGAAUCCCCCAGGCAUGGCCAGGACCCCUUGGCCUGGAGCCCUGUGCUUGAUCAGCUGGUGUUUGGGUUUGGGGUGCCACUGGGGGUACUGAGUGUCUUCCACAGUGUGGUGCGGGGGCAGCUCCAGCUGGCCAGGGUCUCCGGGCGGCCUCCGUUGCUAAGUCUGCCGGGAGCCACUGCAGCCAUGCUGUUCAUCUGUUGGUUCCCCUUCCACCUUCUGAUGCUGCUCAAGUUCCUGGGUAUGUGGGGGCCCAGGCUGCAGCUGGGGGAUGUGUGGGGGUUGCUAAGGCCUCUGGGGCUCACUCUGCUGGCAUCAACUUGCUUCCUCAACCCACUGCUGUAUGUAUGUGGGGACAAGGAAAUCCAGAGACGACUAGGCCAGGCCCUGAGGUUCCAUCGACAGGAAGGAGAGGAAGAGGAGGAAGAGGAAGAGGAGGCGGCAGAGGAACCUGGGCACUGGGGGUGGAGGCUGAGAGGCUCUGGGGCAGCCUGAGGGAGCAGGGCACAGUCUGGGGUGGGGGGGCUUCUGUCUUCUGAAAAUGGAGGUCGGGCUGAAAUAAGGGCAC